AUUGGUAUAUUCUACAUGUUUUAUUUGCUAGGUUCUGUGGCCUCCAUGUUUUGGGUUGAUGCUGAAUUGGGAAGUGACAUUUAUCUUGAUGGUAUUAUAUCUGUUGUUGAUGCAAAGCAUGGGCUACAGCACCUGAAAGAAGAAAAACCCACAGGCCUUAUUAAUGAAGCUGCUAGGCAGGUUGCCUUAGCAGAUCUUAUCAUCAUCAAUAAAGUAGACUUGAUUUCAGAAGCUGAACUGAUGAAAUUAAGAACAGCUGUCUGCGCAAUAAAUGGAGUUGCCAACAUUUUAGAAACUCAGCGCUCAAGAGUUGAUCUCUCUAAUGUGUUAGACCUGCAUGCUUUUGAGGGUGUAUCGGGAAAAAGUUUGCAGCAGAAACUUCAGCUUGAAAAAGAACCUCAUCCACAUCUAGAUAAGAGUAUUGUUACAUCAACUUUUGAAGUGCUAGGAAGUGCAACUGAAGAAGACCUAAAUGUAUUUAUUCAAAAUCUGUUGUGGGAGAAAAAUGUAAAAGACAAGAAAGGUAACCCCAUGGAAGUAAUAAGACUAAAGGGAUUGGUGUCCAUCAAAGAUAAAUCUCAUCAGGUGAUAGUUCAGGGUGUUUAUGAGCUCUAUGAUCUAGAGGAAACAACUGUGAAAUGGAAAGAGGAUGAACGAAUUAAUCGAUUGGUCUUAAUAGGAAGGAACCUGGAUAAUGAUAUCCUUAAAGACCUUUUCAUAGCAACUGUGACCAAAAGAGAGGAAAAUAGUUGAUACCAGCUUCGGAGGAAAAGUGCUUUAUAACCCUGCAUUUUUUACCAAUGGAUUAUUAAAAUAUUUUGGGCCUGUUUUCCUUUUUUAAUAGU